AUGGGACUCAGGCUUGUGCAUCAAGUGGAAGGUGACAGUGAUUCAGAGACCCAUGGAGAAGAGAAUGACGAGCAAGGAAAUUUUUCUAGAAGGAAGAUUGUCUCUAACUGGGAUCGAUAUCAAGAUACCGAAAAAGAAGUCAGUGAUGAAAGUGGAGAAUCCCAGCGGGGGACAGAUUUCAGUGUCCUCCUGAGCUCUGCAGGGGACUCCUUCUCACAGUUCCGAUUUGCUGAAGAGAAAGAAUGGGAUGGUGAAACAUCAUGUCCAAAACAGAAUUCAUCACUCUACGUGGACAGUGAGUCACUGGUUCGAGCCCUUCAACAGCUGCCCCUCUCAGUCCGGCUUAACGUUGCUGCAGAGUUGAUCCAGACCACAGUUCCCUUAGAACUUCCACAGGUGAAACCAAGGAGACCCGAGGAUGGCAAGGAACCGGGCAUGCAGUUAAGGGGACCCAUCUCCGAGCUCAGAUCUGCUGUUGGUAAUUGUCCCAGGUCUCUGGGCAAAGACAGUUUAAGACCAAGCCCUCUAGAAGGUUUGCAGAAAGCCCCCUUCCCGCCACACUCGGAGGCAGACCAUCUGGAAGAUGAACUGGACAUGCUGCUGCACUUAGAUGCACCUGUGAAAGAGGACGACAGACCCUGUCUGGACCAGACGUCUCAGGACCAGGAGCCAGAAAGAGAUGGGCAGGUGGCCCAGGAGGAAACAGUUCCUGAAAAGUCAUCCAUGACUGGAGAGAAAAUUGUGGAGCCUGAACAGACAAGCACAUCCAAAAAUGUCACCGAGGAAGAGCUGGAAGACUGGCUGGACAGCAUGAUUUCCUGAGGAGGGGAGGGGGUACCAAGGGGGAAUAUGGGCCUGAAGCAAAUUUUGGUUGUCUUCUAAGUGAGGAUGGGCUAAUUUACCAGAAUAUCCUACGCUAACAUGUACUGUUAAUGCUUACAGCAGCCAAUGCCUACCUCUGUUUCUGAUGGCAUCUGAAUACAUGUAUGAGGCUUGCUUGGGCCUUUAUUUCUGUUGUUAUUUGACUUAGUCACCUAAUAGAUUUCUUUAAGGACAGGGGAUGCCAUAGCUAUGUUUUUCCUGACAACAUUAUGGAAUAACAGGUGCUAAUUAAGGGAAUAUAUACAAACAAGAAGGCAUGCAGUUGGUCAAAAUAAACACCCUCUGGCCUGUAGCAAUUUUGUUUUGCCACAAAACCCAUGGGCUACUUGUCUCACGUCCCUGACUU